CGUGAGCAGAUUCGAAAGAAAGAGUAUUACGACAGUGGCAACACUCCUCCACGAGGAGGGGGAAGAGGAGGAGGAGGAGGGUCAGGCGGUGGAAACGGAGGAUCUCAAGGCUCAUCAGGAGAAGGCGGUGGUGUUCCUGGUUUAGCACAUGAAACACUGCAAGUGGUUUUAGCAACCAUAGGCUUCAUCUUUCUGUACAUCUACCUCAUCAACGGGGAGGAGUUGUUCCGUCUUGCGAGAGAUUACUUUAGGUAUCUUACUGGACGACCCAAGAGUGGUAGGUUGACCAGAGUUAUGGACAGUUGGGGUAGAUUAUUGGAGCGUAUGUCGCCGAGGCAUAAAGUGUAUGACGAGUACUUACUGGAGAAACCGAUCAUCAAGACGCCUAGCUGGUAUGAGAGCCCUGAGAAAUACACACGUGUCGUGAAGUCUUACGCUGAUGCAAAUGAAGAUGAUGAAUAGCUUCUUU